CUCUUCCCUCAAAUCAUCUUCUUCAAGCUUCUCAUUUCUUCUACUUCUCCAACGCAAUAUGGCUGCGGAAAAAAUUCUAGGUCUUUUCGAUAUGUAUUGGUUUGGACAAGCGAGCUUCACAGAUCAGAAAUCACCGUUAGAGCAACAGGAAGAAGUAAAUCCAGCGGUUGAAAUCGACCAAGGAGUUAUACAAGAAGCAAAUAGAGAGUUUCGUCGUUUACCAAUCCAGCAUCAAAGGUCUCUGAGCGACCAUAAUUUAAGCUCCGGAGCGAGCUUUUCGUCGGAUUCUCAAUCGCCAAACUCGGUUCUCAGGAUGCAAAAGCUGCAACCGAUACUUUCUGGCAAAGAAGUGACGGAGGAGGUGGAAAUUAUAAAGGAAAAAGUGGAGAGAGAAAGGAGGAGGAGGAGAAGGAAAGGAAGUAGUAAGAGCUUAUCGGAUUUGGAGUUUGAGGAGGUGAAGGGAUUUAUGGAUCUAGGAUUUGUUUUUUCUGCGGAAGACAUGGAUUCAAGCUUAGUUUCUAUAAUUCCAGGGUUACAGCGAUUGGGAAGGAGCAACAAUGUGGAAAUAAAUGAAGAAGAAGAAAAAGAAGAAGAAGAGACAAAUUCUAGGGUUAGGAGGCCGUAUCUAUCGGAGGCGUGGGGGGAUAAAAGAAAAGGAAUAGUGAGGAAGCCAUUGAGAAAUUGGAGAUUUCCAGCUGAGGGAAAUGAAGUGGACAUGAAAGAUCAUCUCAGGUUUUGGGCUCAUACUGUUGCAUCCACUGUUAGAUAAUUUCCUUUUUCUUGCUUCUUUUUUCUUUAUUUUUAAUUUUAAUACGUUUGUGUUUGUAUGUGCCGAAUGUCAAGAACUCCACUUUUGAUAAGAAUCAUAUAUAUUUGUAUGUAUAUACACACACACACGCGCGAUAAGGGAAGGGAGGAGAAGAUAGGAAUUGGCGAGGUCCAACAAGACAAAGCUCUUCCCUUGGAUUUCAUUGAAAAGAAUAUAUGAUUCAUCAAAGGUAUUUUCCCAUGCAAGUGCAAUACACCAUUACAAUACUGCUA